UCGGAGGGCCCGCCCUUCUGGGCGCUUCUUCCGGGUGGGGCCCCGGGCCGAGGCGAUGGCCCCCUGGGCGCUCCUCAGCCCUGGGGUCCUGGUGCGGACCGGGCACACCGUGCUGACCUGGGGGAUCACGCUGGUGCUCUUCCUGCACGAUACCGAGCUUCGGCAAUGGGAGGAGCAGGGCGAGCUGCUCCUGCCCCUCACCUUCCUGCUCCUGGUGCUGGGCUCCCUGCUGCUCUACCUCGCUGUGUCACUCAUGGACCCCGGCUACGUGAAUGUGCAGCCCCAGCCUCAGGAGGAGCUCAAAGAGGAGCAGACAGCCAUGGUUCCUCCAGCCAUCCCUCUUCGGCGCUGCAGAUACUGCCUGGUGCUGCAGCCCCUGAGGGCUCGGCACUGCCGUGAGUGCCGCCGUUGCGUCCGCCGCUACGACCACCACUGCCCCUGGAUGGAGAACUGUGUGGGGGAGCGCAACCACCCCCUCUUUGUGGUCUACCUGGCACUGCAGCUGGUGGUGCUUCUCUGGGGCCUGUACCUGGCAUGGUCAGGCCUCCAGUUCUUCCAGCCCUGGGGACUGUGGCUUCGAUCCAGUGGGCUCCUGUUCGCCACCUUCCUGCUGCUGUCCCUACUCUCGUUGGUGGCCAGCCUGCUCCUCGCCUCGCACCUCUACCUGGUGGCCAGCAACACCACCACCUGGGAAUUCAUCUCCUCACACCGCAUCGCCUAUCUCCGCCAGCGCGCCGGCAACCCCUUCGACCGAGGCCUGACCCGCAACCUGGCCCACUUCUUCUGUGGAUGGCCCUCGGGGUCCUGGGAGACCCUUUGGGCUGAGGAGGAGGAGGAGGGCAGCAACCCAGCUGUUUAGGGUUGCUGGAGGCUGGGCUACUAUCUUGUGCCUGAAAACCAGGGGACCUGUCUCCAGCUAGGGUCAGCCCUCGGAGGGCCUGGGGCCGCUCACUCCUGCCCACUCCUCCCAGGCCCCAGAACUGAACUUCAAGACAGACAGAUCCCUGCCUCAGUGGGCAGUUCUGCCUUCCAAGGAAGAAAGGGAAAAAAGGACCUGUGGGCAGCUCAGGCCCAAGCAGACCCCGGGCUCCACCCCAGCCCCACCCAGGCGACUGCCAGUGCACACUUUUACAAAUUUAAUAGUCUAUAAAGCAAGUCCAGUCUUAAAAAGACAAA